AUGCGAAAGAGGCGGGUUAAGCCGCAGGCCUCGGACAGCGAGGAAGAAGAAAUGUCCAGGGCUGGCUCAAAAGACCGGAGAAAGCGGUCCUUCUUUAAAAACCCUACUAGGGAUGGGGACGAGGAUGUGUCUCCUCCUCCUAAAGGUAAGCCGCCAAAGAAAGCGGCUGCCCAUAAGGAAGGAAUUAAGGAGGCGGAGGAAGAGUUGCGUGCUCUCGAGGCUCGCUCUCUUCAUGGAGGUGAAGAUAGUGGUGCUGGAGGCCACCAGCCAGACGGGGCCUCGACAAGUACUGGUCGGGCCCCGGACGGGCCCCCGUCAUCGUGGGAGGACUACGAGGACGAUGUGGUCCUCCUGGGGGUGCCUGAAAUAAAGGAGAGGUCGGUUUCCCGAGUCCGCAAAAUCCUAGAGAUUGCGGCGAAAUCGGGAAACCUAAAAGGGACGUACGUCCGCGACCUGAAGGUCGCGGCCAAGGAAAUUGGAGAGAUCGUGGAGGAUCUAGCUGAUAGGUGUCUGGGGGGGGAAGAGGGCAGACGUCUUCAAAGAGACAAUAAUCGUCUGAGGGCCCAGGUCAAGGAGCUGGGCCUGGAGCUUGCCGCCCUCAGACGCGAGUUCAACGAGCGCACUGCGCUAUUUGCACAAUCAAAGGGGGACAACAGGGAUCCCGUCUCGGUGGAUAGUCCCAUCACGCCGGAUGCUCUCCGUCAAAUGAUGGAGGGUCUCUUAGACGGGAUCAAGGAGAGCCUGAUGGGGGAGUUGAUGAGGGCUGUGGGGGGCAUGCUUGAUGCGAAGUUGGCGGGGAUUGGGGACAGGCUGCUCCCUGAGCCUGUGUUACGCCCCCCGCUGAUGGCAUUAGCCCGAGGCCCCCAUGGGGCCUCCAAGGGCUCCUUAGGGGGUGAGGCCCAGGUGGCCUCAAAUUGUCCGGGGCCACAGGGCAAGAGAGCCCACAGUGGUCCCGCAGGAGUUGGGGUCCAGAGCUCAGAAGAAAAUGUCCCGGGAAAUGGAGGGGUCUCUUCAGAGAUGCCUCCAGCGGGUCCCAGCUGGGCGACAGUGACCGGCAAGAAGAAGAAGAAGAGUAAGGGCAAGAAGAAGUCGGACAGUUUUCCAGCUGCACCGGCUCCUCCUACCAAGGGUGGGGUAGGUCUCCCGGCAAGGCAGCCGGCGGCUAUGGAGAAGCCUGUUGGGGUGCGGUCUUCCCUUGCUCCGCCGACAACUGCUGCAGUGGUUUUAACACUGCUGCAGGGAGCGGUGGAGCGGGGGGUUACCUACGCUUCUGCUCUGUCCAAGGCAAGGCAGGCCAUCAGUCUGCCUGACUUGGGGAUCGAGCGUAUAAGCAUCCGAGUAACGGCUACCGGAGCUCGGAUGCUGGAGGUGCCCGGAGAAGGUAGGGAGGAGAAGGCUAACCGCCUAGCUGAAAAACUGAGGGUGGUUCUGUCGGAAGAGGCCUCGGUGGGGAGGCCCGUCAAGUGCGCGGACCUCCGCAUCCGGGACCUUGAUGACAGCAUCACCGAGGGGAAUGUUGUGGAGGCGGUGGCUGCCAUGGGGGAGUGCCCAGUGGCGGCAAUUAAACCAGGGAAAAUAAUGAGGCAUGGGGGCCGGGGGCAGUUCAAGGGUGGACGUGACCCUAGCUUCUGCGGCAGCGGCCCGUGCGACGACGGCGUGGAGCGUGCUGGACGAAGUGGAGACCCUAUCGGAUCAUCGAUAUAUCCGGAUGUGGGUCUCUACCUCGAUGAGGUGGGCAGUGCGGGGGCAGACUUCCCAGAACAGCUUCCCCCGUUGGGCGAUUCGGCGACUUGA